AUAAAUAUACGCAGUAGGGGAAUCAAUCCGACAGGCGUGCGCGACCAUUACAAUCGUUGUUCGAGAAUAUCAGGAUGUCCCAACCUAAAGAUGUCGAGGUCGUCACUGACGUGAGCAGGUGUCGUGACAUCGUGAAGGAGCUCGAGAAAUCUGAUGUCAUCGCAGUGGAUGCUGAGGGAGUCCAGUUGGGUAAGGAUGGUCCUCUGACCCUGCUCCAGGUGGGAACGGUCAAUCAUAUAGUCUACCUGUUUGACAUCCAUACAAAUAGGAAUCUCUUCACGCAAGGGAAACUACAGGAUGUACUGACCUCACCAAGGAUUACGAAGGUGAUGCAUUCUUGCUCUGGCGACAGCGCUGCCCUCUACUAUCAGUUUAAUAUUCGUAUCCAUAACGUUUUCGACACACAGGUAGCAAACCUUUUGCUAGAGGAGAGCAGGGGAAGAGAACUCGCUAACUUAAUCAAGCUUGAGGAUCUGUGUCAGAAGUAUUCGUCGGUCGCCAAGGUCGCAGAUCAGAAGGAUUCAGUCAAGGAUAAGUGGGUAAGAGAAAUUGGCGAUUUGUGGGCUAAACGUCCUCUUUCUGAAGAUAUGAUGCAAUAUGCCGCCGGUGACGUCAAAGCUAUUGUGCCAGAGGUUUACAACACAAUGAAAAAGCGCAUAGAAGACUCUGGGUUAUUGGAUCAGUUGCACAAACGCGUAGAAGAGGAAAUUCUGUUCACCGUCGAUGAGAGGAUGAGGGAACAGAGAAAGGCGAGGGUUAAUGAAGCAAUAGGUCGUGUUCUGAGAACAAUUGACAAAACAUAUAAACCGGACAUCAAUUGGAAAGACAUAGACGAUCCGGAUGUGGAAAUGGCUAUUCAGAGAGUUCAUGUUAAUGAUGUGGAGGCAUUAUCACCUCUUAUCAAUCGACUAAAGCGCCAGAGUAUUCAGCAGGACCUGGAUGAGUUGGAGGAAAGCUUCGUGUCAGAGGAUGGCGUCUUUAACAUAUUGAACGGACGCUUUGACAGAUCACUAAAAACCGGAUUUAGCUGUAAAGAACCUUUAAUACGAGACAGGACAAAAACUUUACAAGAUCGUGUCGUCAAAAUAACAUUGGAUCACAUCCCGAGGAAGUAUGACGUCACCACUCCAGUGACGUAUAUCUCCCGUCACGAGAAGGACGUCCUAUAUUGGAUGCGACCACCUCCAUCAGGGGAACAUGAUUCCCGUUACAACAAGGUUGUACUUGCAUUAUAUUGGAAGCUGAUGGAGGCAGACCUUGACGAUACUACGCAAAAGUUUGAGCGGGAAACAAUUUCAUAUUGUAUGCAUGAAGGACACUACAGAAAGAUAAAGUUUUACAUGAACCAGCGAACUCCGGUACCUCUGUCUAUCAAAAUGAAAGCACUAAAUUUCAUUAAAAAACUUGACAAGACUUUUGGAAGAGGUGUUGUGCCUGCCAAACGAUGAUGUCAUAAACAUUGUGGCAGAGGUUGAUACUUAUGCAGAACAAACCAACCCAUUUCUAUCAAAACAGACACACGUUCCCAGCCAACGAGAUCUUAGUGUGUUCCUGAUGACACGUUGACAUAUUACUGAGAUUAAUGUU